AUGCGACAAACAUCAGGUGAUCGGCAGGAAACCGACGACUACAUUUUUUCCGACCGGAAGUAUAUAUGCAAGAGCUGCCCCCUGGCGAGAGGGACCACGAGCUGGCAAGCACAUUGUCGAAGGAAGGCACACCAGAUCAACGCCCAACAGCGGGCAGAAAUACGGCGAGCGGCCGCCGACCAAGCGAAGACGACAGAACAAGGGCCAGACGCUUCGUGGGCGGCCCAAGAGCCAGACCCUCUCCCAAACAGGCAAUCUCCCGCUCCAGACUAUCCGCAAGAUAACUGGGAAGACCAUCUCGUUUGGGACCGCAUCGAGGGUAUAUGCAACCUCGACCCCCCCACCGCGCCCAACUCCAAUACACGCACUCUGGUUGACGAUUUGGUUGAAGCCGAGACUGAGGAAGCCGGUCGCUAUGCCCACUAUGUGCCCUAUGCCCCACCUGAGCCAGCUCCCCCGCGCGAAUGGGACGAUACAUCUGUUGCAGCACCUCAGGACAUGAACGGGGCACAUCCAGCAGUUGAGGUUCCUAUCCGCCGGACCGAUGUGCAAUCUGACCGGGUUGCUGCGAGCCCUUGGUUCCCUUUCAAGGACAAGUUGGACUCUUUGCAACAAGCCUCAAGCUAUCUUAAAGCUGUGCGAUAUACCAGUGGAGUUUAUGUCACCUCGGAUGAAGAAAUAUAUUCAGAAGGAAGUGUUAAUGCUGCUGAGGAAGAGAUGGACAAUCCUCUGGAUGAAUCUCAGGAUGCCUCCAAUGGAUAUGAUGCAGACAAAGAUGCCAAGGGAUCAUCGUAUUGGUCUGAGGAAGAAGACAACCCAUUGCCACAGGAAAAGGACAAUGAUUAUGACGGAGAUGCAGAAGGAUGA